GUCGCACUUUGUUUUUGGCGGGAAAUAAAUAAACAAAUAAAAAUUCGUAAACGAGUGGCUGAUAAUGGAUAAAUUCUUAAUAAAAAUGCCAAUCAAAGCUAAAAACAAUGAAAUACCAGAUCAGAAAUCGGUUAAUAAAAAGGAAAUCCCCCAGGCGAAAAAAAACACUCCAGUUCAGGUUAAAGAGAAGGAAAACGCACAGGAGAACGAUACGCCAAAGCAGGGCAGAGCGGGACAGGCAGCCAAGCCAGCGGCCAAGCGAAAGAAUCUCGAUACGCCCGAAGUGAAAAAGGAAAUAGAUACCGCAGAGAGCGAGAACCCGCCCAAGCGUCGCAGUGGCCGCGCAACUCGAAGCACGCGGUCCAUGGCCGAGGACGGAACACCCUCGCCGGAGAAGGUUGCGCCCGAAAAGCUGCCGUUUAUCAAGUACACCGGAGCAAUCAAGUACUACACAGAGAACCAGGAUAUUGCUGCAUCCGCUGAUGAUGUGAUGCAAUGGGUGAACCAACAGACCGAUGUGGAUGUGGUGCCCAUGGCAUUCGACAUGGAGUGGCCCUUCUCCUUUCAGACUGGACCCGGCAAAUCCUCAGUGAUACAAAUCUGCGUGGACGAGAAGUGCUGCUACGUCUAUCAGUUGAGCAAUUUGAAGAAACUGCCAGCGGCCCUGGUGGCCCUGAUCAAUCAUCCCAAAGUGCGGCUGCAUGGCGUCAACAUCAAAGCGGACUUUCGCAAGUUGGAACGCGACUUUCCCGAGGUUUGCGCCGAUGCACUCAUCGCGAAAUGCGUCGAUCUGGGCGUGUGGUGCAAUGAGGUGUGCGAGACCGGCGGCCGCUGGAGUCUGGAGCGGCUGGCCAACUUCAUAGCCAAGCGGGCCAUGGACAAGAGCAAGAAGGUGCGCAUGAGCAAGUGGCAUGUCAUACCACUCGACGAGAACCAACUGAUGUACGCGGCCAUUGAUGUCUAUAUUGGACAAGUCAUCUAUCGCGAGCUGGAGCAGCGCGAGAAGCAAAAGCUGAUUAAUGAAUUGGAGUUUAAGCAGCAGAAUGGGGAGGCUGCCUUUAAAGCAGUCAAGGGUCUGGGUGAAACGUUUCUCUCAAAGAUCAAUGAAAUAAAGUUGUGAGGGGAGAGACUUAUUUACUUAUUCUUAGGCAAAUUUGAUCAAAUUUACCAGAUUUUUAAUGAUUUUUCGAAUAGCCAACAAAUUGUAAUCCCCGCUGCGUGCGCUGACUGAUGCUAAACCCAAUUUACUUGAAGUUUUUUCACUUUAUUUUCUACAUUUUGUAACUUGCAAUAAAUUUUAAAUCGUAAAUUCCAUAAUAACUGACUAAACAUGAA